CAGUUAUCCCACCCUGAACCAAUUAAAAAAACGAGUGUCAGCAAGACAAUUAAAACAGGGUGUCAAUAAUGCUGGCGGCCUGAAAGCUGGGAGGACAACGGAUGCAGGUGACCUUGGCCAAUGGAACGUCAAUCGGUCCGAACAGGCCCGCUCUUCUACUAAUCGACUUAUCAUCGACCGCGAAACGACACGAGCUCUCAAGAUCAUCCCGCAGCGAAGCAUCUACAGCUACAUCCACAAGAGAAGAAUGUCCUCAACGCCAUCCCUACUGAAUUUCGUCGUCUGGGCACCCGACUACACCGACGAGGGUGCUCUCGAACGAAGACUAGCAGUAAGACCUGCCCACCUCGAGAACGCCAAGAAACUCAUCAAUCAAGGCAUCCUACGGGUCGGCGGAGGGCUCUUGACGCCCGAAUCUGUUAAUGCAGCUGCAGCAGACAUAAAGUUCGUCGGAUCGUGCUUGAUCUACGAGGGCGAAACCAUCGAUGCCGUGCGUAAGAUCGUGGAGGAGGAUCUUUAUUAUACAGCUGAUGUGUGGGACAAGGAGAAAAUCGUUAUUCUCCCCAUCGCAUUGGCAACGGGUCUUCCGCCUGUGCCUUCUUGAUACCUGCAGAUAUGAAAGAUACUAGUU